CGACAAUCCAAACACUGGGACGGCCCAACCUGGAUUUCCGGUAGAGAGAAAGAAGAGAGAGAGAGAUAGAAAAAAAGGAAGCAAAAUGUCCCCGCCCAGUAACUACCCUGGCCACCAUCAUCGCGCCUCCAAUUCAACCUCAUCAACACCGGCAGUAGCAGCCGCAUCCAUGUCCGCCACGAAAACAAGACAAUACGCACAUUUGCACUCGCAGCUAGCACAGCUGAACGCGCAUCUCGCAGAUACGGAGAAUCUCUUACGGAUGACAGCUGUGCAGGCGACUGAUAUGAGGUUUCUGGGGGGUUAUGUGGGCUCUCUGUUUAUGGGCUCUGCGAAGGUUCUAGGAGAGGAGGGCGUUGUUAAAAGCGAUAAUAGUGCGGACGACAAGGGGUCAAGUGGAAAUAAUGAUGGGUUUGAGGGUUGACAAUAAUGGGAGUCGACUACUGUUGCUAUGGGCAAAAUUCCAAUACAGUGCCAAAAAAAGAAUAAUAUAACCCUACAUGCUCAGCGCAGCCUACUCAACCACAAAUGAUCCCCCGAGGAGGAUAGCCGGUUCAUCGAUGUUAUGAUGUUCAUAGCUGCAUCAUUAGCCAACCGCCCGGACUAUUUGACAAUGUCGACUCACCUCAGUGUUCCUACACCACCGGCUUCCAGGAUGAACGCCGUGUCUGUCAGAGGCUUCCCGAUCCAACGCAUUGCAAAUGCUCGCAAGAUGUGGCCAUGGGCGACCACAAGAAUGUCGGAUUUCGAGUCUUCGUCCGAAUUCGCAACGCAGUCAGAGUGAUGGUAUUUUGAUCUGAUUUCGGCGAUGAGGGCGUCUAGGCGCUUAAUGACAUCUUGCGGAGAUCUUGGCCAAAUGUGUUAGGACGGUUCAAUUGCAAUGAAAGCAUUUGCCUGGCCAUCUUCUCUUCGCUCCUCGUAAGAAAACUGACGUACACAGAAAUACUUACUCCCCACCGGGACAUCCGUGUUUCCAAAUAUCCCAUGGCUCCUCUCCCUUCUUCUCCCUCAAUUCCUUGAUCUGCGUACUCGUCAACCCUUCAUACUCCCCAUAGUCCCAUUCCCUGAUCGCCUCAGUUAUUUCAACCCGGGCGCCUGUCCUGAUUGGCUCCUCGGACUCGGGUCGCCUGGUGGACUGCCAGGGGAGUUUUUCCCUGCAGCCAAUUUCCAGAAGUUCCAGGGUGCGUUGCGCUCUGGUACGGGGAGAGACGUAACUAGUAUUUUCAACCCCGAUCCAUCCUGGCCAUUAGUAAACUGCGCAGGAGGAACACGCAAAGAUGGAGAAGAAGAUAGGACUCACACAUGAGCCAGUUUCUUCGGGACAAUCAGGCGAUCACUGCCCACAAGCGCCCUUCCGGUCGCCUUGAUACGUUUCUCUCCGUUCGCAGUCAAGCAGAGAUCGGUGACGCUCGUGUGGCGGCCAUUAAGGGACCAUUCAGUCUCGCCGUGGCGGACAACGAAGCAGCGAGGUGUCAUGUUGGCAUAGAGACACUGGAAGAUGCCAGACAGGACAAGAUGGCUCCG